GCCAUCAGACAGGCAGCCCCAGAGUUAGUUAACGCUUCACUGUCAGGAGAGUGGGGUAAAAGACAAGAGAGGAGCAACGACUGACACCUGACAAGCUUAAAACAGGAGAAAUGUUGCACAGGACGGCCUCCAAUGUGUCAGAUAAAUCAAAGAGCAGCAAGCCGAAGCGCUCCACCAGCUUCGGCAGGUUUGAGGGUCUCAAACAUCACUCGACGCAAGCCAAACCAGAGGAAAAUGGAACAAACGCGCUCGCAGAAGAAUGUGAGACUUUGGACUCGGACAGACCAGCUGGACUCGGGAAGAAGAUGAAGGCGAUUUCACUGACCAUGCGCAGAAGAAUGGGCAAAAAACACGCCAAGUCUUUUUCUGAGGAGGCUGGUGACGACCCAGACAAAGACCCAGAGGCAGAGAGUGUCCCCGCGGCUGAGAAAAACGCUGCAAAGUCAAGCAACUCCUUAGAGAGUCUCUACAGCGGCCAGAGCUCCUCCAGUGGCGUGACCAGUGAGUCCAACGGUUCUGGUCAGAGAGACAGCCUGAGGCUGGAGGAGGACGGAUCCUACCAGGGGCCGUUCUGUGGCAGAGCUCGCGUGCACACAGACUUCGUUCCCAGCCCGUACGACACAGACUCCCUCAAACUCAAGGUCGGCGACAUCAUCAACAUCAUCAGCAAGCCUCCGAUGGGCAUCUGGACGGGCAUGCUGAACAACAAAGUGGGCAACUUCAAGUUCAUCUACGUCGACGUUUUGCCGGACAAAGAGGAAGAAGAGGAAGUCCCGAAGAUCCGACAACAGAAGCUGAGCAAAAGACCUCGGCCGAAAACUCUGCUGGAGUUACUGGAGCGACUGAAUCUGGAGGAGUACGCGUCUGCCUUGCUGCUGAAUGGCUACCAGACCGUGGACGACCUGCUGCACCUGCAGGAGAAACACCUGAUAGAGCUGAACGUCAAAGACCCCGAGGACCGACGCAAGCUCCUCGCUGCUGCUGAAUGCCGCUACACAGGUGACGUUGUCGGGGAUGCGGAGGAGCUGAGAUCCUCCCACAGUCUACAGGAGGAGGACAGCGACUGUCCCAGAGACUCGGGUUGCUUCAUUCCAUCCGAAUGUUAAGACAACAAAGGACGCCGUGGACUCUCAAUGUGAUGGAAUUCAGGGUUGCGGGUUUUCUUAUGACGUCACGCAAACAUCCCUUAUUACAACAAGGUAGCCACAAGCUUGCCUCACGUAAAAAGUGGGCUAAAUGUGUGACAGGGAGAACAAACAACCACUAUUCUAAAUGUCAUCUUGUCCAUUUUAUCGACGGGAGGAAAACACGUCUGUUCAGAAAGGGCCAAAUGUUUGGCGUUGUGUUGUUGUUGCCUCAUGCAGAAAACAUCACACUCACACUUCCUUGGGUCCUCAGCAAUACUCCUGCCAUGUGACAUGAGUCACACACCCAAGUGGAGAAACACAGCUGAAAUACAUCUCCAGUUUGGACUUUAUUGAGUUAUUGUACCGCAAAAUAACUCAAAAAGACCUCAAAGCACAUCAGUAUAUGCAACUCAACUGUACAAUUCUUACUGCGUACUUCUACUUCAGAGGAAACCAUUGAAGUACAACGUUCACCUGACAGAGAAAUGGUACUAGUUACAUUUCAGAUUCAGAUUUUGUUCACAAAAUCUAAUAAUAAUAUUAAUAAUAUAAUAAUUACAACACAAGCUGAAUGCAUUAUUAUUCAUUAAACAUUGUAUUGCAAGUGAAAGCUCCACAUUGAACAGAAGUUAAGUAAUUUUAAGCACAUAGUUUUAUUUAAAUAAACUAAAAAAGUAAAGCAGGCUCCAGUUUGCCUGGGGUCCCCAAAUCUCUAAACCCGAUAAAAACUGCUUGUUUUGAACUGUGAAAGUGAAGAAGAGCCCGGUUGUAACGUUAAUAUCCAGUAUCCGUUACUUAUCCAAGAUCCGUGUUACUAUCCUGUUACUAUCCAGUUACUGUGUGUGGUUAGACAGACACGCUUGCUUCAUACAGUAGUUAGGUAAUAUUCAACUUGUACAUUCUCUAUUUUUUUGUUGUUGAAAAAGUGACAUUUCAUUGAUUAAAUGCCACUUGUAUUUAUUGCAUUGUAAAUCAUUUAUUGUUUUCUUUUUCUCCAUAUAAAGCCUUUAUGUAUCACAUCUGCAUCACCAGCAUUCUCAUCAAAUCCAAUCUCAAUUAUUCAACCUACAAUGCAAUCUUUUUUUUCUUGGUGAAUGGAUUAAUUUUGAAAUGUGGUGUCCGGGUUUGAACAACGCAUAUUCAAAUCCUGCCUAUAUAAUGUACACUGUACAGGAAAACACAUGUUAUUUUGUAAAUGUGCGUGUUUUAAUAACGAAUGUAUGAGAGAGAGAGAGAGAGAGAGAGUAUGAACUCACGUAAAAGUUAGCAUUCAACUGUUUUCAAAAAAAAAAUUGUAAAUAAAAUCAAAGAAAUACAAUUAUGA